AUGGAUGUCAAUUGGAAAUCGCUCUUUGCACCGUCAAAAUUGAUCUUUUAUACCAUCUUCUGGGGAGGUCACAUCGCUCUUUUCGCCACUGGAUGGAUUUUGCAGGCAAGAAACCCGAAACUGGCGGGCUUGAAUACACUCACGUUCUCAGUAUGGAUUUCACGAGGUGCCGGUCUCGUCCUAACUGUUGAUGGAGCCUUGAUUUUACUACCCAUGUGCAGGACGUUACUGAGAAUCGUACGCCCCAAAAUCCGAUGGCUGCCUUUGGACGAAUCACAAUGGUUUCAUCGCCAAGUCGCGUAUGCCAUGCUCAUAUUCUCCAUUGCCCACACCGCGGGGCAUUACGUCAAUUUCUUUAACGUUGAGAAGACUCAAAUUCGACCGGAGACCGCCAUCCAAAUUCAUUAUACCCAAGCUGGUGGAAUUACAGGGCAUAUCAUGCUACUAUGCAUGUUGCUGAUGUACACGACGGCUCAUGCGAAGAUCCGACAACAGUCCUUUGAAACCUUUUGGUACACACAUCAUCUUUUCAUUCCCUUCAUGCUGGGGCUUUAUACGCAUGCUACAGGUUGUUUCGUGCGAGAUACGGCCCAGCCUUUCUCUCCCCUUGCCGGAAGCAUCUUCUGGCAACAUUGUCUUGGUUACGAAGGCUGGCGAUGGGAGCUAUGGGGAGGAGGUAUUUACUUGAUUGAACGACUCUACCGCGAGGUUCGAGCUCGUCGUGAGACACAAAUCGUCAAAGUCAUUCGCCAUCCUUACGAUGCCAUGGAAAUCCAAUUCCGCAAGCCCAGUAUGAAAUACAAAGCCGGGCAAUGGCUGUUCCUCCAAGUCCCAGAAGUCUCAACCACGCAAUGGCAUCCAUUCACAAUCACCUCCUGCCCCUUUGAUCCAUAUAUCAGUGUCCAUGUCCGCCAAGUCGGCGACUUUACUCGCGCCCUUGGUAACGCUCUCGGUUGUGGCCCUGCCCAAGCCAAAGAUCUGGAGGGUCUUGACCCAAUGGGUAUGUACGAAAUCGCCAUGCAAAACGGUCAACAAAUGCCCAAACUCCGCAUUGAUGGACCCUACGGAGCUCCCGCCGAAGAUGUAUUCGACAACGAAAUCGCCGUGUUGAUCGGAACAGGUAUCGGCGUGACACCCUGGGCCUCCAUCCUGAAGAACAUCUGGCAUUUACGCGCCGGACCAAACCCGCCACAACGUCUCCGCCGAGUCGAAUUCAUCUGGAUCUGUAAAGACACCAGCUCCUUUGAAUGGUUCCAAGCUCUUCUAUCCUCUCUCGAACAACAAUCCACCAUCACCGCAGGUGCCCAGGGUGGUCCCGAAUUCUUACGCAUUCACACCUACCUCACCCAACGUCUCGACCAAGAUACCGCAACAAACAUCUACCUCAACUCGGUCGGCACCGAAGUCGACCCUCUCACCGAGCUGAAAUCACGCACAAAUUUCGGCCGUCCAGAUUUCAAGCGGUUGUUCGGCGCAAUGCGUAAUGGUUUAAUUGAUCAGACAUAUCUCUCCGGAUUGGAGAGUAAUAUCACCACCAAAGUCGGUGUGUACUUUUGUGGACCCAAUGCGGCCGCGAGACAGAUUCGUCAAGCGGCGAAGGAGUCGUCGACCAGGGAGGUUAAGUUUAAUUUCUGGAAGGAGCAUUUCUAG